UGGGUAAAAAGCCGGUGUGUGUUCACAGAGAGAGUCAGUGCAGUUGGUGCAGACACACACACACAGACACACACUUGCAAACUCAACGGAACUCACUGGAAGUUUGGAGAUGUCCGAGAAUCCACAAAACUCUCACAUCACUUUUGGAGAUCUUUGAAAACACAAGAGGAGUUUUUAUUUCCCAGCUUUACGCGCAGUUUAUCCUCACAUCACCGGAUCAUCAGUAGGGGGGAUUGUCUUUUAUUCUCGUUUAUACACUCUGUGGAGCUCCCGUUAUUCCUGUACCAUGUCCUCCGGUGAUUCCUCCGGUGAUGCCCCGGAGCUGAAUCCGAGGGUCAGCGUGCUGUCCUGGGAUCAGGUGCGGCGGUUGGAUUCCAUCCUGGGGGAGAGCAUCCCGAUCCACGGCCGCGGGAACUUCCCCACUCUGUCCGUGCAGCCCCGGCACAUCGUCCAGGUGGUCAGGGCUCGAUUGGAGGAGCGAGGCGUUGGGGUUCGUGACGUUAAGCUGAACGGCUCAGCAGCCAGCCACGUGCUGCACGAGGACAACGGCCUCGGCUACAAAGACCUGGACCUGAUCUUUGGCCUGAAGCUGACUGAUGACAAAACCUUCCGGGUGGUGAAGGACGUGGUGCUUGACUGCCUGGUGGAUUUCUUGCCAGAAGGCGUGUGCAGGGAGCGAAUCACAGCCCUCGCCCUGAAGGAAGCUUACGUGCAGAAACUGGUGAAAGUUUGCAACGACACGGACCGCUGGAGCCUCAUCUCGCUGUCCAACAACUCCGGCAAGAACGUGGAGCUGAAGUUCGUGGACUCCCUGAGAAGGCAGUUUGAAUUCAGCGUCGACUCCUUCCAGAUCACGUUGGACUCGCUGCUGCUCUUUGACCGCUGCUCGGAGACGGCCAUGUCCGAGACCUUCCACCCGACGGUGCAGGGCGAGAGCAUGUACGGAGACUUUGAUGAGGCUCUGGGUCACCUUUACUCCAGGACUAUUGCCACCCGCAGCCCAGAAGAGAUCCGAGGCGGCGGGCUGCUGAAGUACUGCCACCUGCUGACGCGUGGCUUCAGACCGGACUCCGAGACUCAGAUGAAACAGAUGCAGCGCUACAUGUGCUCACGCUUCUUCAUCGACUUCCCAGACAUAUGCGUGCAGCAGCGCAAACUGGAGGGCUAUCUGCAGAACCACUUCGUUGGCAUGGAGCACAAGCGCUACGAGUGCCUGGUGACGCUGCGGCGCGUGGUGGACGAGAGCACCGUGUGUCUGAUGGGCCACGAGCGCCGACAGACGCUGGCACUCAUUUCCGCGCUGGCUUUGCGUGUAAUGGCCGAACAGAUAGCAAUCCCCGCUCUGUCCAACAUCACCUGCUACUACCAGCCUGCCCCCUAUGUCAGAGACGUCAACUUCAGCAAUUAUUACGUGGCACAGGUCCAGUCACCCAUGCUUACGUGCAACUCUUAUCGAACAUGGCUUCCUUGCAGUUGAGCAAUGACUUUUAGGGUGUGAUUUAAGCAAGCUUCCCAUUUUAACUUUACGUUGAUGUACGCUGAGCAUUCACACGAGAGCUCUGUGGCUCAUUAGCAAUGUGGCUAUUUUUGGUUGCGGGCCCAUCAUGGACAAAAAGGAAUUCAUUUACUUUUUGUUUGCCAAAUAUUAUAUCAAAAUCAUUCCACUAAGUUAUGUUGAUUCACAAUGCUGUUAAACAUUUGGAAUCCAAUUCGAGCCAUUACCAUUUUUAUUCUGUUAUCUUUUUAUAACCAAGGUGGAAAAAAAGGGCUGUUCUGUGACGGAGGAACUUUGCCAGUUCUGAUUGUUGUCUGAUAGAGACUUGCAUUGGGUCUUUUAAUGAAAUGUAUAUAAUUUGUACGAAACCAGAAAGCUUUUUGUUCUGUCUGUGGUUUCAGCUGACCUGAUUGAAAGGGAAAGGACCAAAGAAAUACUUUUCUUGUGUAGCAUGACAAACAUGGAUCCAAGUGCCUGAAACUGACCAACUGUCUUUAUUGUAUUUGCUCUGUAAGAACUGUUUUUGAAACUUUUUUCAUGCAGGAUAUUUUACAUUUCUAUAUCCAAGGUCAGGGUAUUUGUUUUUAAAUCAUUAAAAAAAAUCUAAAAUGGAAA